AUGUUACCUAAGUUCUCAUGUUUGGUUCGCUUAUCUCUGCCGACUUUCAGGACUGAAAGGCAGUGGCGUGACCUUGCCUACUGCCUCUCUGUGAUGUCCUACAACGAACGCAUGGUGCGCACACUGCAGGAGAAUUUACCGAUUUUUGCCCAACAACUCUCCAUUAUCGACGUUUAUGGCGCGUUUACGGAGAUUAUCUCGAGUGCCCGAAAGUCAGCAAAACCGGAUUUUCUCCCCCAGCUCGACGACUUUGAGGCCAAGAUCAAUGAAUUUCACCAAAAAGGAGUCGCUGAUGAGGAGGCAGUCCGAAGGGCUGAAAUCAUGGCUAAACAGGCGGCCAAGCAGGGGCGCCGCAAAACGUCUAAUGCUACUGAUGGGCGAAAAAGCACUCGCCGUCGCCACCAUGGUCGUCGCACCUCCGAAGAACAGGAGGACACCGCUUCUUCCAAACGUCCGUCGGAUGAUGAAGACGACGCGGCCGAAAGACCCGCAUUACGUUCUACCAGAGCUCGCACGCGGCAACACGUUACACGCGAAGUAUUCAGCUCAGAUGAAGACUAA